UGUGUGUAAAUUUCACAGUAUUGUUGAGAUUUAGCUUCUUCGCCUUCAAACUCUCUCCUCCUAAAGAAGCAGAAACACAACACAGAUAAGCAAAAAAUUCUCUAAUUUUGGGUAUGCAAAUCCCCCGAAUACUCAUAUAUUCUUCUUCUUCUUCUUCUACUACAUAUACAUAUACAUAUAAUGUCUUCUUCUCACAUUCUCUAUUUCUGCCAUUUAUCAUUUCCGCCCAUACUCAUACAAGGCCUGUUUAUUUGUUGUAUGAGAAAAUCUGCAACGCGAAACAGUCAUGGCAGAGAAUACUGAAAUUGAUGACCGUGUGGAUCUUGAUGAUGAAAAUUACUCUGAGGAAGAUGAAGAUGCAGAACUGAUAGAAGAUGAAGGAGCUGGAGAAGUCGGUGAUGAAAAUGGCGAAGAACAAUCAUAUGAUUCUGGAGGUGGAGACAGUGGGAGAGAGCAGUCUCCAGAGGCAGAUAUGGGUGAUGUUUCGGAGCCAGCUGCAGAUGAAGAAAAGCCUAGUGCUUCUCUUUCUGAAGAGGAACAAAAAGAGCAUGCUGAACUUCUAGCUCUCCCUCCACACGGGUCUGAGGUUUUUAUUGGUGGUAUUCCUCGAGAUGUUUCUGAAGAAGACCUGAGGGAUCUCUGUGAACCACUCGGUGAAAUACAUGAGGUCAGAGUCAUGAGAAAUAGGGAUACUGGUGAAAGCAAGGGUUUUGCCUUUGUAGCAUUCAAAACAAAAGAUGAGGCACAAAAGGCUAUUGAAGAAUUGCAUAACAAAGAAUUCAAGGGAAAAACCUUAAGGUGUUCGCUGUCAGAAACUAAAUACAGAUUGUUCAUUGGUAAUGUACCAAAGAGCUGGUCUGAUGACGACUUCAGAAAAGUCAUUGAUGGGACUGGUCCUGGUGCAGAAACAAUAGAACUCAUAAAGGAUCCUCAAAACCCAGCACGUAAUAGGGGUUUUUCUUUUGUUGAAUAUUACAAUAAUGCCUGUGCGGAUUACUCUCGGAGAAAAAUGGUAAGUACAAAUUUUAAGCUGGAGGGAAAUUCACCAACUGUCACCUGGGCUGAUCCAAAGAUUACACCUGAUCAUUCUUCUGCCGCUGCUCAGGUUAAAGCACUCUAUGUGAAGAACAUUCCAGAAAACACUCCUACUGAACAAUUGAAGGAAUUGUUCCAACGCCAUGGUGAAGUUACCAGAGUUGUUAUGCCGCCAGCCAAGAUUGGUGGUAAAAGAGACUUUGGAUUUGUCCAUUAUGCAGAAAGGUCAAGCGCUCUGAAAGCUGUUAAAGACACUGAAACAUAUGAAGUAAAUGGUCAGAUGUUAGAAGUAGUUCUUGCAAAGCCUCAGACUGAAAAGAAGUUUGAUGCAGCUAGUCCUCACAAUGCGGUACCACAUCAUAAUUAUAUUCCCCAUCCAGGAUAUGGUGCAUUUCCAAUGAACCCGUAUGCACCUCUAACUGCUGGUUAUGGUGCUGCUGCUGCUGCUGCGUUCCAACAGCCUAUGAUAUAUGGUAGAGGACCGAUGCCAACAGGUAUGCAAAUGGUGCCAAUGGUUUUACCAGAUGGUCAGAUCGGCUAUGUCCUCCAGCAGCCAGGAGUUCAGGCACCACCUGUUCGGCCUCGGAGGAAUGACAGGAACAAUGGUGCUGGUGGACCACAAGGACGAGGAGGAGGAUCCAGUGGUGGCGGAGAUGAUUCCAACCGUGGUAGACGUUAUCGACCAUAUUAGAGCGGUGAAAUGUAGACUUGCUACUUACAUUGAACACCAGACCAGUAAUCCAGGACAACUAUUUCCUGUUUCCUCUUUAUUUAUAAAAAGGAAACUUAGUUAAGUAAAAGUUAGACCAAUCUCAGCAACUUAAUGAGGCAUUGUAACUAAACAAA